CAUGUCUUUAACAACCAGCAAAUGGAGGAUCAUUCUCAGGUCUCAAAGCUGCUGCGGAAGAUUGAUAAGAUGGUGGCCAGUGAGAUGAACACAGCGGUGGAAGGAGAAGCCAAAGAGAGAGAUAUCCACCACCCCACAAACAGCACCAGGGUACGGCGGGACCAUGAUCAUCACAGCCAGCCCACUGGCUCCACUCCAGGAAAACAGCAGGGUAAAGAGCUGCGCAUUAUGCUGGUGGGAAAGACUAGAGAAGGAAAGAGUGCCGCAGGAAACAAGAUCCUGGGGAGAGAGUUGUUCACCCCUUACCCCUUAUCACAACAUGGGAAGGUGAAUGUGGAUGGGAUAGAAGUGGUUGUGAUUGACACUCCAGACCUCAACAGAAACUUAAUUAAUAAUGACAUCAAACAGCAGAUUAUAAACUGCAUCUCUCUCUCCUCUCCGGGACCCCACGUGUUCUUGGUGGUGAUCCAUCUGGGCAGGUUUACACAGGACGAGCAGAACAUAGUAAAGAUCAUCCAGGAUACCCUUGGUCGUGAAUCAGCCAAAUACACCAUUGUGCUGUUCACUCAUGGAGACAAACUGAAGAAAAAAUCUAUUGAAGAAUUCCUGAGUGGCAAUGAAAAACUUGCGGAGUUCGUUGAUCAGUGCCGUGGUGGAUAUCAUGUUUUUAACAAUGAGGACAUGCAGAAUCACUCUGAGGUCUCAGAGCUGCUGGAGAAGAUUAAUAAGAUGGUGGCAAUCAAUGGAGGAGGCUGCUACACAAGUGAGAAGUACAGGGAGGCAGAAGAAAUAAUUAAAGAGGAGGAACGCAGGAUUGAGAGAGAGAGGGCAGCGCAUGAGAAGGCAAAUAGACAGGAGCUUAGAGAGGUGGCAGAGAAAGCAGCUCAAUUAGCAAUGCAACAACCCACGCCAAUACAGAAACUAAGCCUGUGCUCUAUACUGUGAGAAGCACAAACAUUUCCUCUUUUCAUUCACUCUUUAUGGUUUGAAUAUCUCUUGUUUUUUUGUUUUUUUUUGUAAGGGCUGUCGCUAUCUUUGCAAACAUUUUUCUGUAUUUCCUUAUUUCAAGAUACUUUUCCAGACAUUUGGGUAAAAUAAGCUAAUGAUUCUGGAUUUUGGCUUCAGCUUUAAAAUGUUCUGUAUAAAUUUAAAGAAACUAAAAUAAUUUUAAAAGCAACAGUAAUUGUAUUAACUCAAAAUUAAUCCAUAAAUGCAUAUAUACCUGGUGGAGGUAAUGGAAAUAAGAAUACAUUUGUGUUUUUCUCCAUGAAAUAGAGGACAUUUCUUAAAAUGUUGACCUUGUGAAUAUUCAUAAAUAAUAUCUGGUUAGCUACAUAAAUUAGAAUUACUAAGUUUAUCCAGCUAAAGUAAAUGAAUUCCAUGUGCUCUAUUCAGAAAUUCUGCAUUCCAUCAAAUAAAAAAUGUGCUAUAAAAUA